AUGGCGGAAGGUAAAGCUAUUCCUUUGUCACAAUCGCGCCAUGCCUUGGCCUGUAUCAAACUAGCAUCCACCACUAUUGUCCGCCUUGAAUCGAACGCACUUGCCAUGCCGGAUGUUCCUCUGUCAUGGAGCACCACCUACACGCUAUUCUUGGCGAUAAUGUGUCUCGUGUUUCUGAUAUCAGCACACAAUGGCACUUCUCAUCCCAGUGAGGCGUGGCAUAGAUGCGAGACUGGCAUUCGACUCCUCACCAAGAACGCCUGUGUCGAUAAUUGCGCAGCGACUUGUCUCAAGCUGCUCAGAGAGGUGGUUCGACAGCUGAACCACACGGUUGACUUCAACUUCGAUCACAUUCAGGAUACGAGUAGCAGGAUUUGUGCGUCAGCAUCUUCCGAGAAUGACUUCACAAUACCAAACUUCGAGCCUUUGGAUGCAUGGCUGAGUCCGGUAGGAAGGACGAGGCGGGCGGCCACACAUGAGUUGGCAGAAGCAGCGAGAAAUUCGACAGCAACUUCGCCAGUACCGAACGAGCGACCUAUGGAUGCAGACACGAUGCUGGCGCACGCUGAGGACCUGGCUGUUGGAAUUGAUCUUGAAGCGGUGCUGAACAAUCAAGGCUACGAAGCUGCUCUCUUUGCCUCUGCGGACACGAACAUUCAGAGUUGA